AUGGUCGAACGAUUCAACCAAACCCUGAAGGAACACCUUUGCAAAGUUGUGGACGACAACCAGCAAGGUUGGGAUCGACACAUUCCACUGUUUUUGAUGGCGUAUCGAAGUGCAAGACAUAGCUCAACUGGCCAUACACCUUCUGAGAUUUUGAUAGGAAGGAACAUCAGACUGCCGAACGAAAUAAAAUUCAAAUGUCCUACGUCGGAAUCGCAAGCCGAGGAUGACUACAUUGCUGACCUCAGAGAAAGACUUCUUCAGAACCACGACAAUACCAGGUUAAAAAUAAAGAUGUUCAGUGACCGAAUGAAGACACGCUACGAUAUACGAGCGACAACAACAAAGUUCCAAGGUGGAGAUUGGGUAUAG